GGGAGUUUGAGUGGGAGAUAGAGACUAGCGCGCCCCAUCACAACACAGGGACCAGGCACCGGAGAACAGACCCUCUCACACCCCCGUCCUCUCCACCGACUAACACAGCUACUCUGCGGCGGAACAAGUCCGGCUGCAACACCCGGUUAACAAUCAGCCAGCACCGGUCAGUACACAGGCGACUGCUCUAUACCCGCAGUCCGGAGGGAAACAAACAGCUUCAAAACUGUUGCACCACGUUUUAAAAGUGGACCUUACGCCGCCUUACUUCUUGGACAUGGGCGAUAUGGGGGAUCCACCGAAAAAAAAGCGGCUCAUAUCGUUGUGUGUCGGCUGUGGGAACCAGAUCCACGACCAGUACAUUCUGCGGGUCUCUCCGGACCUCGAAUGGCACGCUGCCUGUUUGAAGUGUGCAGAGUGUAAUCAGUAUCUGGACGAGUCAUGUACCUGCUUUGUCCGAGACGGGAAAACCUACUGUAAAAGGGACUAUGUCAGGUUAUACGGGAUAAAGUGCGCUAAAUGCAACAUCGGUUUCAGCAAGAAUGACUUCGUGAUGAGAGCGCGCUCCAAGGUGUACCAUAUCGAGUGUUUUCGGUGUGUGGCCUGCAGCCGACAGCUCAUCCCGGGGGACGAGUUCGCUCUGAGGGAGGAUGGCUUGUUCUGCCGGGCCGACCAUGACGUCGUGGAGCGGGCAACAAUGAGCGUCGGAGACCCCCUCAGCCCCCUCCACCCGGCCAGACCUUUACAAAUGGCAGCAGAACCAAUAUCAGCCAGACAGCCCGUGCUUCGACCGCACGUCCACAAACAACCGGAGAAGACCACACGCGUACGGACAGUUCUUAACGAAAAGCAACUCCACACGUUGCGGACCUGCUACAACGCAAACCCCCGACCCGACGCUCUGAUGAAGGAGCAGCUAGUCGAGAUGACCGGUCUCAGUCCCCGAGUCAUCCGGGUCUGGUUCCAAAACAAGCGUUGCAAGGACAAGAAGAGGAGUAUUCUGAUGAAACAGUUACAGCAACAUCAGCCCGACGACAAAACGUUUCUCUGGGACUAUCUGCAGAAUAUCCAGGGAAUGACGGGCACACCGAUGGUGGCGGCCAGCCCGGAGAGACACGACGGUGGUUUACAGGCAAACCCAGUGGAGGUGCAGAGUUACCAGCCGCCUUGGAAGGUCCUCAGUGACUUCGCGCUACAGAGUGACAUGGAUCAACCCGCGUUUCAACAACUGGUCCAUUUUUCGGAGGGAGGACCUGGUUCCAACUCGACAGGGAGCGAAGUCGCCUCGAUGUCAUCCCAACUUCCAGACACACCCAACAGCAUGGUCUCGAGCCCUAUAGAGGCGUAGGGCCUCGAGGACCGACUGUAGACAACGUUAGACUAUUGUCAUAUUUCUGACUGAUGAUGAAGUGAUGCUUGUUGGGCAAAGGGGCGGACUGACUGAAAACUGAAGAAAAAUAUAUAAAAAAAUAACUCGGGGUUGAAAG